AAUUCUUCAAUCCAAACAACCUCCUUUCCUUCCACGUUAAUUUUCUUGGUGGGUUACAGUGGGCCGGCUCCCCGCCUGCCGUCCCUCCGCCUCCUCUCUCUCAUUUUUCCUUUUUAUUUUUAUUUUUAUUUUUAUUUUCUGUUUCUUUUUGCCCGUCCGUUCCUCCGCCGUCUCAUUCUCCAUCCAGUGCGCCUCUCCGCCUCCUCUUCUCCGCCUCCUCGAUUCUAGGGUUUCGUUUUCGGUGUCGCCCGAACUCCACCUCCCUCCUCGAUCUCCAUUCGCUUCUGGGGUUUUCAUCUUCGGAUUCGUGGAAGAAGCAGCUAAUCGAGCGGCUUUUGCGGUAGAGGAAGCUCAUGGAACAAAUCUCGGUAUAGGAACCUCUCGUGCUCUUCUCAGAAUCACGAAUUGCGGGGCUAUGAGCGGCGGCGGCGGCGGCGGCAAGCCACGCCCUCCUCCCGACCCGAUCGCCGUCAUGAGGGGCCAUCGGGCGCCCGUCAUGGACGCCUGCUUCCACCCUUCCCGCCCUCUACUCUUUUCUGGCUCUGCAGAUGGAGAGCUUCGUGUCUGGGACACAGCACAGCACCGCACGCUCUCCUCCACCUUGGCUCAUGGUGGAGGUGCUGGCGUGUAUUCUGUUGCGACCAAUUUCGCCAUAGGCAACAAAGUUGUGAGUCAAGGUAGAGAUGGAACAUGUAAAUGUUGGGAGAUUGAAGAAGCUGGUCUGUCUAGGAAACCUUUGGUCACAUUUAGAACGAACUCGUACCAUUUUUGCAAGAUUUCGUUGGUGAAGUCUGCCUCUUGUUCGUCACAAUCUAGCAAAGCAAUCCCUGCAAGCGAACGUAUUGUGGAAUCUGAUUACUCCAUUAAUGAACUUGAAGAAAACAAGAAAAAUGGUGUUUCAAAGGAGAGCAUUAGAUUUUCCGAUGUCAAUUGUGCGGAAAGAUCUCAAGCACACCUUAAAGACUUUUCAACAAUGGGUGAAAGAAAAUUGAUGGCUCUUGCUGGUGAAGACUCUUCUAUGGUUGAAAUAUGGGACCUGGCAACUGCGAAAAAGUUGAUGCGUUUCCCCCAGACCAGCAAUGUUGAUGCUGCUAGUCAUCCUACGAUGCAAAGAGGAAUGUGUAUGGCUAUUCAAGCUUUCAUACCAUCCGAAUCAGGGUGUUCCCUAAAUCUUUUGUCUGGUUAUGAAGAUGGAAGCAUGCUUUGGUGGGAUAUACGAAAACCUAGUUUACCUCUAUCUACUGUCAGAUAUCAUUCUGAAACAGUUUUAUCUCUUGCAGUUGAUGGGACAUGCAGUGGUGGCAUCUCCGGAUCUGCUGAUAACAAAAUAGUGAUGUUUUCUUUAGACCAUAGAAUGGGAACUUGUACCAUGAGAAAAGAAAUAAGUCUAGAGAGGUCCGGCAUAGCAGGCACAGCAAUUCGAGGAGACAACAAGAUUGCAGCAACUGCUGGCUGGGAUCAUAGAGUGCGGAUAUACGACUAUCGCAAGGGAAAUCCUCUGGCUAUUCUGAAGUAUCACAGCGCUUCGUGCAACGCGGUGGCGUUCUCUGCAGACUCCAAACUGAUGGCUUCCUGCUCGGAGGAUACGACAGUGGCAUUGUGGGAAUUAUACCCUCCGAAAGGCACAAGUUGAGAUUGGGCACAAGUCCGUAAUCUGAGAAUGAACACUUAUAUAUAUCCCCGCUUGUCACAUUUUGUGUAACACAACGUUUUGCUUUAAACACGGCGUGUGGCACGUGACCUGUAAAUUAGUUCGUUAUCUAUUUAUUCGGCAGGGGAACUUUUCCUUUUAUUGGCACA